CUUUUAGGCAGACAUGGAUAUGACGCCACCGCGUCACAGCCAACUCGGUUUUGUUAUCUCGAGCAUCCGUAACAUCACCCAAUCGAAUCCGCCAGUGGGGUGACCUCAAAAUCCAUAGAAUGGAAAGGAGGGAGAAAACAAAACCUAAGACAGAAUCUUACCUAAAAUAAAACAAGGAAAAAAAUAAUAAUACCCAAACCCCAUGGCUGCGUCAAACCCCCUCAGUCCGGACGCCAUCGUGCAGUCCAUGGCCGACGCCCUGCCGACGCACCAAAAGGACGACACAACCUCGGACCUCAGCGGCAGCUAUGAGGCCCUUGCGCUCUUCACACAUGCCUGCUUGGUGAACCUGGGAUUCCGGCUGAUCGGUCUAAGCGAAGACCGCAAGAACGAGUCCGAGUGCCAGGAGCUGGCCCCGCGCCUGCCCGCGGCCUGGAACGCCUCGUUCAACGCCUACUCGUUCGUCUACGCCCACACCCAGUCCGCCAUGACCUUCACCCUCAAGGUCGACCGCAUGGGCCAGCGCGCCGAGGUGCGCGGCAUCGCCAGCGACACGGACCGCGUCGUGCGCGUCGAUGUCGCUCCCCGGGAUUACGUCUCGUCCGCCGCCCUGCCCGUGCGCAUAUCGCUGCUCAACGACGGCACCGCCGAGGACAGGUCCGACCUGCCCGACAAGCUGCGCGCCGUCUUCAUCUCGAGCGAGCGCAUCGCCGAUCUCGCCUCGCUCGUCAAGGUCUCCAUAGUCCAGCGCCUCGUCCCAGGCCUCGACAAGCCCGGAUACCAGGAGGACCCGGACGACCGCGCCGCCGAGGACGAUGCACGCCGCCCGCAGAGGGAAGCCGGGCCCGCGAACCCAAAUCCCGCCAGGGGACCAGCGCAGCCUCGCAACCCGGGCCUGCCGGACCCUGCACGCCCGUAUCCCUUUGAUGACCCGCUUGCAGCCCCGCCCCAGCCCCGUCGGCCGGUUGCCGACUUCCCGCCCCCAGAUUUUGAAGAUGAGUAUGAGAUAAAUCGACCGCAUGGCCGCGGCCCCCUGGCUGGGAUGGGUGAUGGCCGGUCUCCGUUCAACAUUGGCCACGACGACCUCCACCCGCCCGGCCUGGGCCCCUACGACCCUCUGCGGCCCUCUUUCGCCGGCGGCCUACCACGGCCUGGCGGCGGCAGUUUUGGCGGAGGCGGUAUGCAUCCCACAUUUGACGAUCCGCUCUUUGCUGGUGGUCCCCGUGGUGGUCCCGGCGAGGGCCGAAGGUUCGACCCGCAAGUACCGCCGGGAGCAAGAUACGAUCCUGUAGGCCCUGGUGAUGAUCCAUUCGGCGGAAGGAGAGGCAAUAUGGGCCCGUUUGGAGGUGGCGGAAGAGGUAGCGGAGGCUCUCCUUUUGGAGGUGGAGGUGGAUUUGGAUUCGGUGGUGAUAUAAUUUGAAGUGACCAUAAAAGGUCGAGGACGACUAGUAUGGAAUGGACAAUGCAAGCUGCCUCACUACUCCCCUCUUGUUGCCGUCUAACAUUUUUGUACUUGUUUGUGUGAAAUAAUCAAAAAAGUAAUCUUUUCAUCAUGUGUAUCUUUAUAAUUUGUAAAGUGAACUUUCUUCGUCAUCUCUCACGGUUUAGCAAUGGCGAUUUAUGAACAGUAUUUCUUAUAUUUACGGGCUGGCUGUACUCUUUUGUCCGUCCACACCAAUCUUUUGUAGCAUUCGUCUCUUACCACGCUCAACCGAAAAUAAAGGGGCAAGCUCAAAAUGUUCCCACCUAGAACACCCAUCUUUAGAACUAGAUAUAUCAUCAUCUAUCCAUAGCAUUCGUCAUCCA